CCGUCAAAACUUUGUUUAAAUCAAAAAAUAAGGCCAGAUUCGGAAUCAGCAGCAUACAACGAAUCCGAAUAUGUGUGUUUAAACGAAAAAUAAAAAGUGCUGAAAUUUUGAAUUACCGGCGCCUUACAUACUGAUAUCAUUCUCAUUAUUCUGUUCAAUAUAUCGAUGGACUUAAAGGUGCUUUAAUCAUACACGAUCCAAAAGAUCCAUGGAUAUCGGCGUAUGAAGAUGAAGGUAUUUUAAUGUUAAUUGAUUGGUAUCAUACAUUAGCUUUAGAUUUAGAAGCCUACUAUUUAUCUCCUGCUAGUAAUGGCACGGAACCAAUACCCGAAAAACCAAAUAAGCGAAUCGAUCGAGCUGGUGGAGAUGUCUGCGAUACACUCGUUAAUUUUUGUGACGGAGGUCAGUGAGAGAAUAUUUUCUGAAAAAAGUAGAAUAUCGAAAUAACGUUAGUUACGUCUCAAAAUGAGCAUUACUGAAUGGUCAUUUUAUCUGCAUUCG